AUGGAGCUCACAGCCGAGAAAUUCGCUCAGGGAAUGACUACAACCCAAUACAUCGACUACAUCAAGGUCAACAAAGAACCGUUCAUACAGAUACACGACAACACUGAGAUCCCAGCGGCGGUCCUUGAAUACUUCGACGGCCUCGACCAACCCGUCAACCUCACCGUAUUCACGUCAGACUGGUGCGGCGAUGCAAUGUCCACCACACCCGCCAUCCUCCGCCUCGCCGACGCGUCCGAAAACAUCCGGCUCAGCGUGUUCAGCCGCGACGACGAGUUGGACCUGACCAACAGCUUUCUUCCGGAGCAUCGCGCCGGCACUGUCCCCGUUUUUGUGGUCAUGGACAGCAACAUGUCCGAAAUCGCCCGCUUUAUCGAGACUGCCCGGACAUUGGUGCCGGCAAUUGACGCGAUGGACGACAUGGUCGCCCAGGCCGCCGCCGCCGUCAGCGAUGAAGCAGAGGGACGCCAGGUGGCCCGAGGACGACGUACUGCUUACCGCGUCAACAAAGCCGGUGAGUGGGGCGCCGUUAUCCUCAGCGAAUUUCAGCAGUUGGUCGCAGACGGCAUGGCCCGGCCACCUGCCGAACGGCCCGCCGAGGGUGGCACCCAAUGGCCACCACAAGAUUAA